UAACAUCCAUGGGGAAACAAGGUUCUGUUUUCCACAAUAAUCCCUCUUUACUUUUCCUGCUGUUAUUGCUUUUUGAAGCCACAAACGUUGGUGGAGACGCCCGGUUGAACCACUGGGAAUCUGGAAUCCGACUGCCUUCAGAUGAGCCGCAAGGUGUUGAUGAUCAGGAACUCGGAACAAGAUGGGCUGUUCUCGUGGCUGGUUCAGCUGCUUUGGUAAUUACAGGCAUCAGGCAGAUGUAUGCCACGCCUAUCAGCUGUUAAGGAAAGGAGGAUUGAAGGAACAGAACAUCAUCGUGUUUAUGAACGAUGACAUAGCCAUGAAUGACCUGAAUCCAAGGCCAGGAAUCAUCAUCAACCAUCCCCAAGGCGAUGAUGUUUAUGCUGGUGUUCCUAAGGAUUACACUGGUGAGCAUGUUACCGCUGCAAAUUUGUAUGCAGUACUUCUUGGUAACAGAAGUGCAUUGAGUGGUGGAAGUGGAAAGGUUGUUGAUAGCAAUCCCAAUGACAGAAUCUUCAUAUACUACUCGGAUCAUGGAGGCCCCGGGGUUCUAGGGAUGCCAAAUAUGCCAUUUCUGUAUGCCAUGGAUUUUCUUGAAGUCUUGAAGAAGAAACAUUCUAGGGUACCGAUUCCCUCACUGUAUGGUUUGAGACUUCACUAA